GAGCCACUCAUCAUCUGGGCAGCGUCCACGCACCGCAGUAAUUGGACCACCCAUCCUACCCCCGGAUGGCACUUUGCCUGCUCGGAUAGUGGACGCACCAAUGAAGGCGAUCAGCCUGUAUUGGAUUCAACACGUCUUCGAUCCUUCCACCAGAACUCGAGCCAACGGUCGACCUCGCGUGCUCAUCAACGAUGGCUUUGAAACACACGAAUCCGAAGAAAUCCUGAAGUUUUGUUUCGAGAAAACAUCAUUCUUUGCCGACUCCCCUCACACACCUCGCACAAGCUCCAACCGUGCGAUCUCACCGUCUUUAGUUCCCUCAAAAGUGCUUAUCGUGAACAGGUCGAGAACUUGUACUGUAUCGUGGCGGCGCUAACACCGUAGGCAAGCAGCACUUCACCCUACUUUACAGCCGAGCACGCGACGAAGCCUUCACUCCGCGGAAUAUCAAAUCCGCUUGGUGCAAGGCGGGCCUCCACCCGUUCAAUCCGGCCCAGGUGCCCGAUGACAUCCAGCCACCACUCACUGAGGCAACUGAUCCUCGGACGCAGACCGUGAAUGUAGAAGUUCCGUCGCCGAAUGACCUGCUGACCACCCCCACCACUUCUGAGGGUAUCACAUUGCUGAGCAAGAAGCUGGAACAGGAUAUGGGUGAUCUUGACAGUCCUGUCAAACGACGAUUUGCCAAGUUCCACAACGCAGUUCAAAAGUCGCGUGCUGACUGUGCGCUCCUCCGGGCGGAGAACAAGAACUUGUUCGAGCAAAACAAUGAAAAAAAGACGCGAUCAUCGACCAGGUCCACGGUGAUCGGAAGGGCCAAAAUCAUGGCUUAUGAUGACAUUUUGGCAGCCCGAACCAAGCGUGCAGCAGAGGAAUCUGGCAUCGCCGACCAAGCCAGAAAACCCGGCAAACGUCAAAAACCGGGUCCCAAGCUUCCGAAGCCUCUUGGUCGCUUUUCAGAUGCUGCCACACGAGCCAAGGAACUCGGAAAAGGCAUGGGCGAGAUUGAUCCCACGGGACUGGAAAGUUAUUGUUCCAUUUUGCAUUUCUGAUUGUUCUUUCAAGCCCUCCUUGCUAGAUUCGCAACACCUUGGGUAUCGCGUAACCGCUCACGGUAAAAGGAACGCCAUCCCAUCUUUCGCGAACUCGGUUCGGAGGAUUUCUUUCGAGAAUGGCAGACGACGACAGGCAGGAAAUUGAGCCACCAGAUUUUGCAACCAAGAUGUCGGAAGCUUGUCCCGAAACCGGCAUCCCUCCCACACGCCCAGAACGACACCAAGUACUGGAAGAAUCCUGAAAGCGCUUCCCAAUGCCCGCGACCGAAUGUCUGUCCAAGAGCCCGUAUCCCAAAACCGAGGAGAGAGCCGAGCUCCAUUCGCACGGUCGAGCUCGUGCAAAUUCAAGUGCUACACCCCGGCAACGAAGCACCGAGCGGUUUAGGAGUUCUUUGUGAUCGCACAUCGUGUCUUCCUCAUAAAUAGUAUUUCAAGUUCUCAACUUCGAUCCUGCUUUAUUGCAGACAUGUUUGCGCGCAUCUUCAUGCGUUUGGAAGGAUAGAUUGUACCGGCCAUCGAAGAGAGUUCUCCGCGACUGGGCGCAGACAAGCAGAGCCAAGCCUGUGCUCUGCGCUAUGCUGGAAAAGUGCACGCCAAGAGAACUGGAAGGGAACCACUGGCUUUUGAUCGGCAGACCUUCCAGAGCACCACACGUUUCAAGGUACCCCUGCCUUGCCAAGCAGUGCAUUCAAACCGAAGCAGCGACUUCGACGCGCCUAGCACUGCUUCCCAUGGUCCUAGGAUUUCCACCACAUGGGAAAAAGGAGAUGGAUACUCAAGUAUGAAGGUUCUUUGGUCGCAGAAUUUAUUUGUGUACUUACUGACGGAUGCGUCGCUAUCUUCGGCAAAAGCCGCAAGCUUUCCCAUUAGAUCCCAACCUGUUUCCUCAUGUCUAAGAUGUGAAAGGAGAUAUUCUGCAAGAGAAGCCACAUCAAUCGAGACAAUCCCGAGAUAACAUUCUUGUGGCGAUACCUCCUAAAGAAUCAAUAGCACUUUCUAUGUCGUCCACAUCCUUCCCGUCCACACAUCUGCUUUAUAUUUCAGAUCGCGAACUGCGCCCCGAAAGCCACACGGAUUCAUACAACAAGAAUUUCUGAAGUUUCCAUCAACCUGUUCUUCUGCCUUCUCACGGUUCGAUCCGGUGCCAAUGUCUUGAACCAGGGGAAAGAGCGACAACUCGUCCAGACGUCGCUAGUCCUGAAAGAAUGGGCUCACAACUUUACGGCAAAGGUUUGUAGAAUACGCGCGUUGGGGAAACGAGGAUCUUCGUUUGGAAGAAAGAACUUGCAGUUCUUCUGAGCCUCGAAACCUUGAGUCUCCAGGAUCGAGGAGCGCGGUGACGCAUUUAUGAAGUGAUAUCAUCUCCUCCGUGUGAUGUUUCUCGGCUCGUAUCUUAUCCAGAUAGGUCAAAUUGUCG